AUGGGUGAGAUGCAGGUCCCGGCCGACGCUCUGUACGGCGCAUCCACCAUGAGGGCGGUCUUGAACUUCCCGAUCAGCGACCUGCGGUUUCCCCGGCAGUUCAUACGGGCGUUGGGGCUCAUCAAACUGGCCGCGGCGCAGACCAACAUGGACCUGGGCGUCCUCGACAGUGCCAUUGGGAAUGCCAUAGUAGAGGCCGCCCAGGAAGUCGCCGACGGGAAGCACGACGAUCAUUUCGUGCUGGACAUCUUCCAGACUGGAUCCGGAACCUCGACCAACACCAAUGCCAACGAGGUGAUCGCCAACCGGGCCUCGCAGAUUUUGGGCGGUGACCUGGGGUCGCGAUUGGUCCACCCCAACGAUAACGUCAACCUCGGACAAUCCUCCAACGACUCGGCGCUGCAAGCGAAAGCCGACGAGUUCUGGCCGAUAGUCAAGACGGGGCGAACGCAUCUGCAGGACGCGACGCCGGUUCGCCUGGGCCAGGAGUUCAGCGGCUACGCCGGACAGGCGGGAUACAGCGUGGCGCGAGUGCGGCGCGCCCAGGACGCGCUGGCGGAGGUGGCCCUCGGUGGCACGGCGGUCGGCACCGGCGUGAACACGCAUCCGGAGUUCUCGCAACGGACCUGCGCGCGGUUAGCGGAGAAGACCGGGGUUUCCAUCCGCGAAACGGAUAACCACUUCCAGGCGCAGUCGGCUCUGGACGGCGUCGUCGAGGCGAGCGGGCAGUUGAAAACCGUAGCCAUCAGCCUCCACAAGAUCGCCAACGACAUCCGGUUCCUCGGGUGCGGGCCGCGCGCCGGAUUGGGCGAGAUCAACGUGCCGGAAGUGCAGCCGGGCAGCAGCAUCAUGCCCGGCAAGGUGAACCCGGUGAUCUCGGAGUCGGUGAUCCAGGUUGCGGCGCACGUCGUGGGCAACGACGCGGCGGUGGCGCUGGCCGGAGCCGGCGGGUAUUUCGAGCUGAACACCAUGAUGCCUUUGGCUGCGUACAACCUGCUGCAAUCGGUGUCGCUGUUGGCCGCUUCGGCGAGCAAUUUCGCGGACCAGUGCGUGGUUGGAAUCACCGCGACGGCUACCGGGCCGGCGAUGGUCGAAAAAGGACUCAUGCUCGGAACGGCGUUGGCGCCUUCGAUCGGCUACGACGCUGCCGCCGGUAUCGCCAAGAAAGCCGCCGAAACGGGACAAACAAUCCGGGAAAUAGCCAGGAGCGACACCUCGCUCAGCGAAACCGAACUGGACGCCCUGCUGAACCCAGAGGAGAUGACCAAGCCGACCCUGGAAGUGCGGGGCGGCGGCGGGUGA